UCCCUUUCCGCCAAGAACCAACCCUAAUUUAUCAAAAUCGAUCUUCGAUCCCCUUUUCUCUCCCUCUUCUCUGUUUACUACGUUUCACGAAUCGAUGGAGGCUUGCUGCAGAAAACCUCGCCGUCACCGACUCAACCUCCGUCUGAGAACCAGAGAACCGCAGCGGAGGAACAAAGGAGAACGAGAAGAUCGCGAGAUUCAUAGAACUUUCUCAUGGAUCGUCGUCUAUGGCGGACGCAACAAAGUACCUCAGCGACAACAAGGAAUCUGCACGGGUAUGAUACACCUGAGAAGAAGUCGAAGACGGUGCCAUUAUCACACGACGGUAGUCAUACGGAGCCGUGGUAUCUGCACGGGUUCUCAGGGAAUGAAGGAUCGGCCGAUACGAUGCAUGACGUCUUGAGUAAAGUGCCGCCGUUUCGUAAUACCUCGACGAAUGUCAGAAUCGGGAGCCCUCCUUCUGCUAGGUCAUCAUUUCUUCAUUUACGGUUUAGCAUAUCUUUCUGCUCUUGAUUUAUGGUUUAACGUGUCUUUGUGUGUUCUUGAUUUAGGGUGCUUUUGUCUUCUGAUAGUGUUUUGUUCUGUCUUUUAUAUGAUCAAAAUUUUUUUUUGUGGUAUGGCUGUUGACCAAGAUUCAAGCACAGAGUCACCUUCACGAGAAACGCGGUUGCCACUGAUUGAUUCGCGCUUCGAAAGAUGGAAAGCACAAUGUCAGAAUACCCAGAUAUUUAUGACGACUUUAGUGAAAUCUACAAGGAGUACACAUGUCCUCAAGUUACUGUAACCACCAAUGUCCAAGAAAAACCUAAACUUCCUGAAGAUAAAUGUGAUGAAGAAGAAGAGCAGCAGGAGCUCCCUGACCCCAACUCCGUACCAACUGAUUUCAUCAGCCGAGAGGCUAAGGUUUGGGAGGCUAAGUCCAAAGCCACUGAGAGGAACUGGAAGAAGAGGAAAGAAGAGGAAAUGAUCUGUAAGAUAUGUAGAGAGUCUGGUCAUUUCACACAGGGAUGUCCAUCGACUCUUGGUGCCAACAGAAAGUCUCAUGAGUUCCUUGAGAGGGUACCAGCUAGGGACAAGAACGUUAGAGAUUUGUUUACUGAGAAAGUUGUGGAAAGGAUUGAGAGCGAGACCGGCUGCAAGAUCAAAAUGGAUGACAAGUUCAUUAUCGUCAGUGGGAAGGACAGAUUAAUCUUGAGGAAAUGUUUGGAUGCUGUUCACAAGGUUAGAGAGGAAGGCGAGGCUAAAACUUCUUCUACCUCUCACAGGAGCAGAUCCAGGUCGCCUAGAAGAACCUCUCUUUGUCCACCACCUCCACCGCGUGCUGCUCGAAACCCUGAACCGCAGAGACAGCAGCACCUGCCAUCACAUGGUUCAUCAAGCUAAACAUAAACUUAGCAAACAACCUAUUGAAAGUUCAAGUCCUACACAAACUAGGGAGCUGCUGAAUUCGCUGAAACAAGAUGAAUUCAUUGAUAUAUUCGUCGAUGCGGCUGAUGGAGUAGUUACUCGAGAUGUUGCAACCAUUUACCUUACAGCCAGCAAUUGGAAUAUAGACCAAGCCUUCUCCUGUCUCGUGGAAGAGGAUAAAACAACGCCAGUUCAGGAGGAUUCAUAAGAAUUUGAAACCGGGAGCUCUUCUAGAGAUCCGCCUCUUCCAUCGAUGGGAUCAUUACCUUCACAAUCACAGUUUGAUGAUUCAUAUGUUUCAAGUGGCCCCACGGAGACACAAAAGUCACUUGAAGAGGGUGGUGAAGGAGACUUUACAGUGGCUAUUCCUGGCAUGGCGUCAUCUCAAGUGGAUGAUAAGGCUGUAUAGGAAGGUUCAAGUGCGGAAACAGUCCUUGAUCCUUUUGCUAACCGAGACAGGAGGACAACUGUGGAGACACAAACUGCGCCAAGUACUAUUAUGAUAUCUAUCAGAUUGGCAGAUGGGAUUGGGACCUUUUAGAUCAAACCAAACCAUAAGAGACAUCCGCAAUGCCAUUGACCAGCGAUAUCCAGAUAACGACGGGCUACGUUUUGCAAUCGGGGGAUGGAGUAGACUACAUGGAUUGGAAUGUAACUGUAUACUGAGUUUCUACUUAUGGUACAGUUCUCUUCCAGACCAAACCUUAGCCUUUGUUUUGGUGCAGUGUCCACUGACUGAUGAAACAGAGAAAGAGAGAGAUGGAAAGAGGAUUCAUAUAGACGUUGAAAAGGAUUCUUGCUUUGUAUAGGAUUAAAAAAUAGAACAGAGAAGCUUUGAUUCUGUAUAGUAUGAAACAAAAUGAAAACAUAUAGAUGUUGAAAAUGAUUCUUGCUUUGUAUAGGAUUAAAAAAUAGAACAGAGAAGCUUUGAUUCUGUAUAGUAUGUCAAGAUAAGAGGGCCAAAUUACAUUUCCCAUUUUUAGUGCCUAAAUGUGAGUUACUCAUUUUUUA